UCCGGAACCGGUUCCGCUGACGUGAAUAAGAGGCUCAAACAACAGACGAGCCUCGUGGGCCAAACCCCUCUCUCCCUCUCUCGCAAAACCCUAGCUUUCCUCCCCUGCUUUGCGGCGCGCCACAGAAACCCUCCGCCGUAGCGAGGUCGUGCGAGAGAGAGAGAGAGAGAGAGAAAGAGUAGAGAUGGAUCAGCGCAAGGGCGGCGACCGCAACGCCAACGGAGGGCUGGCGGAGGCGACGGCGUCGAGGCUGAGGUUCGACUCCGACGAGGAGCCGGAGGCCGAGGAGGAGAUGGGGAUGGAGGUGGAGGAGAGCCCCGACGCUGAGGGGGAGGAGGAGGUGAUCGGCAGCGACAAGACCAGCGCCGACUACUACUUCGACUCCUACUCCCACUUCGGUAUUCAUGAAGAAAUGCUAAAAGAUGUUGUUCGGACAAAGUCAUAUCAAAAUGUUAUCACCCAGAAUGGCUUUCUUUUCAAGGACAAAAUAGUCCUUGACGUCGGCGCCGGAACUGGGAUUCUUUCACUUUUCUGUGUAAAAGCCGGAGCCAAGCAUGUCUAUGCGAUUGAAUGUUCCCAGAUGGCAGACAUGGCAAAGGAAAUUGUGAAAGCAAAUGGAUAUUCUGAUGUCAUAACUGUAAUAAAAGGGAAAGUGGAAGAAAUUGAGCUUCCUGUCCCAAAAGUAGAUGUAAUAAUCUCGGAGUGGAUGGGUUAUUUCCUCCUGUUCGAGAAUAUGUUGAACACUGUCCUAUAUGCACGUGAUAAAUGGCUUGCUGACGGUGGUGUGGUCCUACCAGACAAAGCCUCUUUGCAUCUUACUGCAAUCGAAGAUGCGGAAUAUAAGGAAGACAAAAUUGCAUUUUGGGAUAAUGUCUAUGGAUUUGAUAUGAGCUGCAUAAAGAAACAGGCAAUGAUGGAGCCACUUGUAGAUACAGUUGACGCAAAUCAGAUUGUUACUAACUGCCAGCUACUGAAGACAAUGGAUAUUUCCAAAAUGACUCCUGGAGAUGCGUCCUUUACUGUACCAUUCAAGCUGGUAGCAGAGCGGAAUGAUUACAUUCAUGCUCUUGUUGCAUACUUCAAUGUGUCAUUUACCAAAUGCCAUAAGAUGAUGGGCUUCUCAACAGGCCCGAGAUCAAAAGCCACCCACUGGAAGCAAACUGUUUUAUAUCUCGAGGAUGUAAUAACUAUCUGCCAGGGGGAAACCCUGAUGGGCAGCAUGACAGUCACACCCAAUAAAAAGAACCCCCGGGACAUCGAUAUUAAGCUCAAGUACUCUAUAAAUGGGCAUAGAUGUCAGGUAUCAAGAACACAGUACUACAAGAUGCGGUGACCAAUGAACCAACGAGAACUCAGAUGCCAUGAAGUCCAUUCAAUUUUGCUUUACUGAGUAUCUUGUUUGACAAAUAUUGAUGCCUUUUCUUGUGAUCAUUUAUUAUUAUGCAUCAUUGUUUAUGUUCUUGGAUUAUAGCAAAAGUAGAUUAUGCUGGCCUGCUGAUAUGACAUUGCUAUAGUGCAAAACUGUCAUAUUUCCUGGUUGGUGGCAUGACUUUGCCCAAGGAUGUUGGCAGUUGUUGUAUGCAUUUGAUUUGAAUGGAUUGAUAAUAGAUUGCUGCUGCAAUUUAUGGUUUGA